GUGAGCAGCACUCAGGUGCGCCAAUGGGGCCGCCCUCACCUGGCGCAGGUGAGCAGUGACGAGGGCGGUUCCAGCCCCGCCGCCAUGGAGCCUGUGGGCGCUUGGGGCCCUGCGCAAACAGCGGCCUGGCUGCGAGGGCUGGAUGCAGCCGUGCAGGAGUACCCCUUUGAGGAGUGGGGACUGGCAGGCACCGAGCUGCUGCAGCUGUCAGAGGGGGCUCUGGAGACGCUGGGAGUAUGGCGCGUGGGACACCAGGAGCUGCUGCUGGAGGCCGUGGAGCAGCUCCAAGCCCUGGAUAAAGAGCUGGGGAGCACCAGCCUGCGGACACUGACAGAGGGGCUGCGGGAGCUGGCACAGCGCACCAAGACCCUGGUGCUGGAGGGGUCACCUGGGGGGGCCACCCCACAGCCACCCACCAUCGCCCUGCUGGCCUGCGUUGUCGACCUGAUCGGGGCCGCCAAGAGGCUCUUCUCCUGGCUCAACAGGUACCUCUUCUCCACCCUGAAUGACUUUUCAUCCACUCGGGACAUCGUCCUGCUCUGUGUCCAGCUGGUGGAGGUGCUGCAGACGGACUGCUCUACUGCAGAGAGGAACAGCCAAAUUCUGCUUAUUGUGAGUGCUGUACAAGGAGGGGGCUGUGGGCAUGGGGGUCCCAGCAGUGCUGGACCCACUCUGUCUCCACAUUUUUACCCACAGUGCCAGCACAUCAUAGGCAUCUGCGAGAGCAUUGUGGGCUGCAGUCCCCCAGCACUGCUGGACCGCAGGGCCGUGCUGCAGCAUGUGGGGCUGGCACUGCCCCUCGUGCCAUGUGGCAGCCCCCCAGAUUCCCCCAGCACCCACACGCUGCCCCCUGAACUGUGGGGCAGACCCCCACCAUCCCCUAGCACCCUAAUGCUGCCUCCUGAGCCACCAGGGAGCCCUUCAGCAUCCUCCAGCACCCCAACGCUGCCCUGCAACCCGCUGGGCCUGGAGAUCACCUCCACCAGCUCCUGCCUGCACUUCGUGUCCGCGACCAACUCAGAGGCCCUGGCUGUGCACGGGGGUCACAUCCUGCCCGGAGACGAGAUCGUGCAGGUCAAUGAGCAAGUGGUGGUGGGUUGGACACGCAUCAACCUGGCAAAGAAGCUGCUGGAGAAGGCGAGCAGAGUGUCACUUGUGCUGAAGAAGGUGCCCCUCAGCCUGCCUGGCUCCCCCCUGCCCACCAGGCAGCAGGUGCCAGGCGCCCUUCUGGAUGCUGUGGAUCUCCCCAAAAGCAGCGAGUGCCCCAGCAGCCCCUCGUCCCCGGCAUCCAGCACCACUGCCGGCGUGGACUCAGGGCCAGACCCAACCACUGACGACGAGGACGAGCACAACACAAGCCUGCGCAGGGAGGACACGGGUGAGCUCCUGCUGGCAGCACUCGACCUCGGUGCUGGGGAGGACGCAGUGUGGGAGGCCGGCACCCCACCAGGCACCCCAAGCUCACCGUGUGCCCUCCAACACUGCACUGCAAAGUUCAUCCCCACAGCAGCCCCCGGGGCACAGGGUGCAGAGCCCAGCCGGACCCCUGGGGAGGGCAGCACUGAGACAGGACGCAGACCCAAAGGAGUGGCGACCAGGCUGAGCCGCCGGCGGGUCUCAUGCCGGGACCUGGGCCGGGUGGACUGCGAUGGCUGGCUCCUGAAGAAGAAGGACCACGUGGGCUUCAUGGCCCAGAAGUGGAAGCGCUGCUGGUUUGUGCUGAAGGGCCACACACUCUACUGGUACAACCAUCCCAACGAUGACAAGGCUGCAGGUCUCAUCAAUGUGGCCACCUAUGACCUGGAGAGCACAAGGGAGCAGAAGAAGAAAUACGUCUUCCAGCUCUCCCACGAGAAGUACAAGCCCUUUGUCUUCGCUGCAGAAACGCUGGCAGAUUUGAGCAUGUGGGUCAGCCACCUGAUCACGGCUAAGACGAAGCACGCACUGGCCCACCAGCCUGUCCCACACAAGGAGGAAGACUGCUACAGCGAGACAGAAGCCGAGGACCCUGAUGACGAAUCUCCCCGACACGGCUGUGACUCACCAAAGAAAAGGCUGCAGAACGCCCCAGAGAAAGCCCAGCUCUUCCAGACCAGUGGCGAAUCUAGCAGCAUGCAGAGCAGCCCUCAGCCCCAUUCACCUGUGGAGCCCUCCGAGGAAGACUUUGAGAGCCUGAUGUGGUGCCUGAGGCAGGGCGGGGUGUCCCUCAUUGGGCGGCAGCGCUUCCUGACACAGGAGCAGUGCCGCAAGUCCUUCAUCCGGCGCAACAAGAACCCCCGCAUCAACGAGAAGGUGCACGCGGUGCGGGCCUUGCAGAGCACGCUCAAGGCUAAGCUGGCAGAGCUGCAGGCCCUUGAGCAGCUGCUGGAUGAUGCCACGCUGACCUCCGAGAAGUUCCAGCGCUGGAAAGAAGAGCACCAGGACCUGUACCAGGAGCUGCAGGAGUGGUGGGCACAGCAGCAGGGCCAGGAUGGCGGUGGGAGACACGAGGCUGAGCAGAGACCCCCAGCAGGGGCGGCCGAACCCUGACACCCCCAGGACCUCUCCAGCAGGAGUCGUUCCCCAUUAAACACACGGCACUGAGGGUGCUCUGCCCAUCCUGGAUCAGUGUGUGGGGGUUUUGUGACAUUUCAGAAGGCCCAGCCCCCACAAGUGGCUUCUGCUGCAUCGCCGCAGGGACAGUCGUGCUUUGAGGACGCUUUACAUUGAGAACAGGGGCUUUUUCCUGGAGGAACAUGUCCCCAGGGUGGUGCCCCCCACCACGCUCUCUUCUGCUGUAAAUAAAACGCUGACGAUGGGCAGCUGUGCCAUGUG